AUGGAAUCCCUCGCCGCAAUAUCCCUAACAGGCAACAUCCUCCAAUUCACCCAAUUCAUCUCCAGCCUCGUCACAACCGCGGGGGAGCUCUACCAAACCCCAGUUGGCUCCUCGUCCUCCGAUGCCACAGCCGACAUUGAGACAACCCACCGUCGCCUUCUCAACUUUAGCGCCCUCUUGCAACAGAACCAGAUAGCGACACCCCAACAAUCAGCAAUUGGCGUCAACGAUGCAAACGCCUUGGCGAAUGACCUCGCAAAGGAGUGCAAAGGCAUCUGUGAUGAGCUCUUGGAGAUGAUAGGAAAGUUGAGACCAAGGGAAAGGGAAGGAUGGGUGUCUAGUGCACAACAAUCGGGUCUUCUGGAUACGGUCGAAACUCUCAGACAAGAAAGCAACCGUAUGAAAAUUGACCAGACCAAGAAACUCGACUCUAUCGCCAAAACUCUAUCCGAGGAAUUCUUGGCCCCGGCUUCACUAGAGAGAUUGUCAUGGGGAAUCAAGAAGCUUGAUCUGACCAAAAACGACAUCGCAGCCCUCGCAAAGGAGCAGGCUGUUCUCAGAAGCCUGAACUUCUCCUCCCGGCCGCUUACGAAAAACACGUUUCGCUGGAUGUUGGAACCGCCACCACCGGACAUUGACGUCGAUGACGACCCUGCCAAACACCGCUUCUUCAACUGGCUCAAAACCGGGGACGGCAUCUUCUGGGUCUCCGGCAAAGCCGGUUCGGGCAAGUCAACCCUGAUGAAAAUGGGCCAAACCAUUCAAGCUCCUGACCACAAGGCACUAUUCUGGGCAGCCGGCACGCACAUGCAAAAAUCCCACGAGGGUCUCCUCAAAAUCCUCCUCUACGAAAUCUUCUGCGCCUGUCCCAGCCUCAUCCCCGCCGCUUGUCCCCUUCGCUGGAGGCAGACCUGUCCCGAACGGACCGAGCAGCAGAGCACCGAGUGGACAACCCGUGAACUUUCUGAAGCCCUGCACCAUCUCGGCCGGAAUCAAGACCUCCACAUCCGGCACUGUUUCUUCAUCGACGGCGUCGAUGAGUUUGAUGGUGAUCACCUCAUGCUCUGCGAGAUUCUUUCCAACCUCAGCCAGUCCCCCAACAGUAAACUCUGUCUCUCCAGCCGGCCAUGGAACGUCUUCAUCGAUGCCUUUGGCAAUAACAUUGCGCGCAAGAUCAGCAUCGAGGAUCUCACGCGCGAGGAUAUUCUGCGCUAUGCAGAGAGGCGGCUCACAGGACACCCCAGGUGGAAUCUUCCCCAUUUCUCACCGCAGGACAAAACCGCCAUUAUCGAUUCGAUCACCGACAAGGCCCAGGGUGUUUUCCUCUGGGUGUUCCUCGUGACAAGAUCAAUACGAGACGGUCUAACCAACCUCGACACAAUGCUCGAUCUCCAGCAUCGACUCGAAAGCCUCCCCACCGACCUCGAGCGCUUCUUCAAACACAUGCUCAACCUCAUCGACAGCGCCUACCACCAAAAAAUGGCGAGCUUCCUCAGCAUAUCCGCCCAUGCCAAGCAGCCGCUCUACUACCUAACUUUCAGCAUGCAAGAGCACGAAAGCGAAGACGAGGACUACGCCCUCAAGAUGGCAAUCUCCCCAACCUCCCCGCCCGAAGAAGAGCAGCUAUACGGUCGGUGCCGACGCCGUGUCAAUGCCAUCUGCGGGGGGUUGCUAUAUGUAAAGGGCACCUCAGUCGAGUUCCUCCACCGAACAGUCCGCGACUUUUUGCUCACUCGGGAAAUGAACGACUACCUCAGUUCGAAAACGAAACCAGGGCUUUCCACUCCUCUCUCAACUCUGCGGGCUUACACAGCCUGCUUGAAAUGCAGUGCACCACCCACAUCGUCUGACUAUGCCUCCUUACGAACGCGUCUCCUCAAGGAAGGUCUCUCGUAUGCGCACGAGGCGUUGGAGGACGCGGAAGAGACAGCAGCCGAGCUGCUCGAUGAUAUCGAGAAUCUCUUCGUCGCGCCAUUAGAAGACGGUGAAGAUGCCAUGGAGUGGACCCUGCUCGAACCGGCCGAGUUCAACGGCGAUACCAUCAUCGGAGACGUUGUUGCGUCGGGAAAUGAGGCAUCCGAUUUCCAGUUUCGAAAAGAGGUCCUCCGGACAGGGGCGGCAAAGUAUGUCUCGAGGAAACUCAACGACAGUUUGUACUACUUUGACGACUUGAAGGAGUGGCCGCUUUGCUUGGUCGUUGAGGAACAGCAGUGGACCGAAGGUCAUCUGCAAGUGAUCCAGUGUCUGUUGGAGGCCGGCAAGGAUCCGAACGAGGGGCACGGCGGGUGGCAAUCGCCUUCGCCUUGGACAAAGUUUAUUCAACGGACCUGCCAGGAGGAAUACAAAGGACGACUUUUGGAGAGCAGUAGAAACGGACUUGUACUUGGCGUUUCUGUAUCAUGGUGCGGCGAGGAAUGCUCGGGUUGA